CGGAGACUCGUACAGCUGUCUUUCAUCUACCAAGGACAAACAGAUCUUUUUGGCACAGUUUGCUUGAGGAUUUCUACAGAAGGACUCUGGAGUAGCCUAUUGCAAAUUUGCAUUAAUUUAUUGAACUGACUUGGCUAACGUAAUUAUAACGUUAAGGAAAACUUGCAUUUGCACUUUGGACAAAGAACGUUAGCUUGUAGUGACACUCUUUGUGUUAUUUAAACAUUUAUACAGGAUUAUCAGCUAAGUAUUUUAAGUGCAUAUUUAAUGUAUGCUGUUUGCACAUCUUUAAUUUGUUGGAAAACAAUUAUAUUGACUGCAAUUACCUCUACUAAGCUUAGUAUACACUUAACGUUGACGUUUUGCCAACGUAACUUCGCUAGCUUGCUAACUCACGUUCUUGAUUGCAAAAUCUAAAUCUUGCUGAAAACACAACUAAACGUAGUGUUUUUUGCUGUCAUAAAAGCCUUUUAUUUAGCAUUUUACGAACGUAGGACCGUGCUGAAUUUCGUUCCCACUGAAGAUGAUACGGAUACCCAAAGGAGUCUCUCCCGCAUCGGGCAGAGGCGCAGUGGGCAUUCAGUGCCAACAGAAGAAAGUUUUGCCCGCAGUGAAGUCCGAUUUUUUCGGUUCGGGGAUAUGCAGUCCAUUGAUGAACUCAGUGCCGGCGGGAUAUUUCACCCAGAUCGGCAACACGACAGCUGCGGAACAGAGACCGAACUGCUUGUAUGCAACCCCCCACGGUCCCCAAGCUAAACCCGUCAGAGUAUCCUCCGGAAGACUCCCGGCCAAGAGGAAGCUGGACCUCGAAGAUCCUUUGUACCUUCCAGGCUUCCGUACCCCGAAGGGAAAAGGAAACGUAGCCGCCGCACGUCUCCCGAGUCCUAAGACACCCAAGUCCCCAGGCGAGCGGACGCGGUACGACACGUCUCUGGGCCUGCUCACCAAGAAGUUUGUGGGUCUCCUGAGCGAGUCACCCGACGGGGUUCUGGACCUCAACUGGGCCACCGAGGUUCUGGAGGUGCAGAAGCGGCGGAUCUACGACAUCACAAACGUUCUCGAGGGGGUCCAGCUCAUCCGCAAAAAGUCCAAGAACAACAUCCAGUGGCUGGUCGGGGGUGUGUUUGAGGGCUCUGCGGCCGGAGAGAAGACGCGCUCGCUGCGGCGGGAACUGAGCGCGCUCGAGCGGGAGGAGAAGAUGCUGGACGAGCUGAUCCAGUCCAGCACCAACCAGCUGCGCCAGCUGACCGAGGACAAGGACAACCAGAGGCUCGGCUACGUGACCUACCAGGACAUCCGCUCCAUCGGCAGUUGGCAGGACCAGACGGUCAUCGCUGUGAAAGCGCCGACAGAGACCAAACUGGACCUGCCUGAACCCUCAGAGGGCUCUCUGCAGAUCUACCUGAAGAGUAAGAACGGGCCCAUCGAGGUGUACCUGUGCCCAGAGGAGCUGCUGGAGGACGCCAGCCCGGUGAAGAGCGCCACCCCCAGGAAGGAGCUGCUACUGCAGGGCAUCGCCCCCGCCAUGGCCACCACCACGCCACUGCCCUCACACAUGCCCGUCAAGCAGGAGCCCAUCACAGACCUCCCUAAGCCCCAGACCCCCGGUGCUGUAGUCCCCGGUGGCAGCAGCAGCGUUGGCGCCGCCCUGCUGGACGUGGAGGGCAUCCUGGGGCUGCCGCCGUGCCUGCUGCAGAUGACGGAGGACCAGCUGCCCUGCGCCGGCUUCGUGCCCGACCCCUCGGUGCCCUUCGUCAGCCUGUCGCCGCCGCUCGACCACGACGACUACCUGUGGGGGCUGGACGAGGGCGACGGCGUCACCGACUUCUUUGACACGUACGACCUGGGAGACCUGCUCAGGAGCUGAGGGGGCGCGCGCAUACACACACACACACACAC